AUGGCCACCCUCGUCGCGUCGUCGUCGUCCGGCUCCGGCUCUGCACCACCAUCCACCACAGCCGCGGCAACGUCGACGUCGACAGGGAGUGCGUCCACAAAUUCCAAUCCACCAUCACCAUCCAGCAACAAUAUGACCUCUACCGCUCCACGAUUCCCACCAAAUACACGAGUAGAAGGCGUAACCUCUGAAGAGGAGGCCAUCAACUUUCUACGUGAACAUUUUAUCCCAAACGAACCAAUCUUAUCCAGCCUUCGCAUUUCGAAUACGAAAGAGCUUAUUUCGCUGCUUACUGAUGUUGUACGCGAUUGUAUGACCUGUCCGGCAUCACAUCUUCUUCGAGAUACUACAACCAAGGAGUUAUUAGGUGUUUGUUUGGCCAGCAAGGCUUCUCUCUUCGAAAAACAGAUGGAUCGUCUGUUUCGGUACGAGUUUUCCGAUCCUCAAUUACAUGUGGCCAUUGAGUUUCUUAAAUCAGUUUUCAAUCGUGCCGAUGUCGCUUAUCAUUUAGAAGAGAAUCAAAUCGCAAAACCGGUGUUUGUGGCGAUAAUCGCAGUCCGUCCAGUGUUUUGGGGUAAAGGGAUCGGUAGUGGUUUAUUGGAAACGUGCUUAUCCUCUGCUCGGGAAGAUCGUUGCGAUGGUGCAUUAGCGUUGUGCAGCAGCAGUCGAGCUAGUCGGCUAAUGUUGAAAAAAUUCAAAAAAGUGGUAUGUCGAACACGAUACUGUGACUAUCGCGGAGAGUACAGGGAUCCUCCUAUAGCACCACCGGAACCAGAUUCAGCUCUACACGUUCUCCUAACUAAACUAUAA